AUGUUGAGCCCCGCCGCCGCUCUCGCUCUUCUCUUGCAGGGAGUCGCGGCAUUACCCCAGACCGCGACCUCUCCUUCGCCGACCAGUACCAGCACGGCACCACCGACUGCCAGCGUGGUUACAGCUGUUCCUAGCGCAACUGCACCGUUGGAUUCCACUCUGCCGUCUCAAGUUGCGUUGCCCCCGAAGCAGGCAUGGUGCCCUUCGGACAUUUUUUGUGCAGGUGCACUGUUGCAAACAGUUAACAUCGCUCAUCUGUACCCGGAUGACAAGACCUUUGUUGAUAAACCGACGAGCAAGAGCCCGCAAGAUGUUCUGGCGGAUUUCCAAAAUAUAUCAUCAGGAACGACCUAUGGACAAGUUGUUAAUUUCGUCGAAACGGACUUUACAGGCGAAGGCUUAGAAUUGCAGGCCCUCGCGUUGCCUCAGUUCAACCCUUCUCCUCCCUUCCUCAACAACGUCACGGCCGACCUACCAAAAGCAUUUGCUCAAACUGUGCACGGGUUCUGGACGCAGUUGAUUCGAGGCACAAAUCAGUCCACUCUUUGCGGCUCGAGUGGCAGAUGUGAAAGUUCCCUGAUCCCUCUUAAUCACACAUUCGUCGUUCCUGGUGGGCGUUUCCGAGAACAAUACUAUUGGGACAGUUUCUGGAUCGUGGAAGGCCUCAUUGAAUCUCAAUUACUCGAUAUUGUCAACGACACACUGCAAAACUUCAUGGACGAACUUGACCAGUUUGGUUUCAUUCCGAAUGGCGGACGCAUCUACUAUCUGAACAGGUCCCAGCCGCCACUGUUCAUUCAGAUGCUUUCUCGCUAUGUGGAAGCCAGUGGCGAUAGGAGCAUCUUAACUCGUGCCCUUCCGCUCGCAGAGAAAGAACUGCAGUGGUGGAGUGACAACCGAUCCGUUGAAGUAAGAAGCCCCUUCACCAACACCACACGCAAGGUGUAUCGCUAUUCUGUAACGAACAGUGCUCCUCGACCAGAAUCUUACUUGACAGAUUAUGAAACGGCGAACGACUCUCCUCAGCUGAAUGAGACUGAACGAUCAGCUCUGUAUGCCGAACUUGCCAGUGGUGCUGAAACUGGUUGGGAUUACACCAUGCGCUGGUUCUCUGCUGGAAACGAGAACGCUGGUUUGAGAAGCCUCAAUGUCCGCAACACCAUUGCCGUGGAUCUGAACAGUAUACUAUACAGGAAUCACAUUCUCUUGGCCCAGCUUUACGACACCUCGAACACAACGGCUGUGAACCGCCACAUCUCAGCAGCGGGCGCUCUCAGGACAGCAAUCCUCGACCUUUUCUGGGACUCGCAAAAAAUCGCCUUCUACGACUUCGUUCUUGAUACGAAUAGUAGGAGCAACGUCUUCAGCGCGGCAGCAUUUUACCCGUUCUGGAGCGGCAUCGUACCUCCUCAAGUUGCACAAGAUGAGGCCACGGCCUUCCAAGCUUUCUCGUCGGUCAACAUGGUUCUCAAUCGCUACAACGGUACCUUCCCUUCGACCUUCGUGGACACUGGCCUGCAAUGGGAUGCUCCCAACACUUGGCCACCUCACCAAUACAUUAUCUUGGCGGCCCUCCAAAAUUUGCCUGCGAACGUAUCGGGCAGUGCGACUCCCGUGCCAGGUUCUGACCAAUCGACCUUCAAUUUGAUUCCUAGUGGGCAACUUGGUCUCUCAGAAACAGAUCUCCCAGAUCAGCCCGUCCAUGGCGGAACCACCAUCGUCAAUGCGACGAAAUCUGGGCCAGAGGCAGAUGUCAACAGGGUCAACGGAACGGUGCUGAACGGCGGAAGUCCGGUCGAUGGAGAAGGGUGGUCAAAAGCAUUGCAGCGUGAGCUGGCCAACCGAUAUUUCGCAAGUGCCCUCUGUAGCUGGCACGCCACGGGCGGGUCUAUCGAAGGCAUUCUUCCAAGGCUGCCAGAUGAUCAGCUUAACGUCACUCAAAGCGUCGACAAUAAUGGGAAUAUGUUUGAGAAGUUCUCCAAUUUGGACAUUGAUUCCGCUGGACGGGGUGGCGAGUAUACAGUUCAGGCUGGUUUCGGCUGGACAAACGGCGUGGUCCUCUGGGUUGCGAGCAACUACGGCUCUGUUCUCGAUGCACCACAGUGCCCGGACCUCUUGGAUACUCCAAUCGCCACCACUGGCGGCAACGGCAGUGGAACCUCGGACACCCGAGCCAUGUUUGUGAUGAACAAAUUUGUUAUCUCCUCAAUCGUGGGUGCAGUCCUUGUAUUUUCACUUUUCUAG